AUGGGAUAUCUCCGGGAUAUGCCAUUUAUGCCCCAGGCUAACCCAGGAAUAUCCCAAGGAAAUCCCGUGGGAUAUCCUACUGGGCGUAAAUUUAUAUCUAUUGGAGUUAAAGUUCCAAAUGACACCUACGUUCAUUUGAGCCGCAACAUGACUGAACCCCAAGUUUUUUCUGUAUUGGGACGUGAGUUACGUACUAGAUUUUCCUUAUUACGGCCGAGAGAGACCGAAAGUUCGAUGUCUAAUAACCAAAAUCGCCAAGUGCAAAAUCAUACAGGAGCGAAAGAAGUAAAAUUCAAUAUUGGCGACUGUGUUAUGGUUACCGAUCAUAGACCAGGAAAAAUGACAUGGGUAAAAGGAAAGAUUAAGAAAAAUAUUGUACCGGGUGCAACGUUCUUAGUGGAAGUCGAUACCGACGUUAUGUGGAAAUGGCACAGUAAUCAAAUGGUUGAAUGUAGCGCAAAAGUGUUCGAUGAAAACGAUAAUGCUAUUCCGGAAACAGCUUUUGCGCCAUCUAUAUUAACAGAAGUUCCAGCGUGUCUUGUACUUGAUACUGUUGGUAAAGAAAAUUUUCCACCUCCUAACCCUCCAGCGUUUCUUGAACUUGACAUCGUCGACAAAGAAAAUUUGCAACUUCCUGAUUUCCGCAGGCCAACGACUCCAGAACCUUGUAAUAAAUCUCCAGCUGAAGUUCCGUCAGCAUCAACAUCAGCAGGAAGAAUUAGGCAGACCCCAAUCAGGCUUCUGGAAGAUUUUACCGCGCGGUUUAAGGUAGUUCUAGUCUGGAGCCAAAGAAAAAAACGACCGCAUCCGUAA